CUCAACAUGUCAGAAUUUAAGUGGCAACUGAUUUUCUUGGCAUUUGUAUUCUUCUAUCAAAAUAAUACGGAAGUACAAUCGGCACCAAUCCAACGUAUUGUCAAUGGAUUCCAAGCAAUUCCCAAACAAUUUCCAUAUCAAGUACUUCUAAAUAGACAAACAGAUACUGAAUGGGAACCAUUUUGUGGUGGCGCUAUAAUAUCAAAAAGAAUUAUCCUUACAGCAGCUCAUUGUAUUGAGGAUAACUUGAAUGAAAUCAAAAUUUACUUUGGAGCCGUGGAAAGAUCCAAUAUUAAAGAACCGGGACAACAACAUUUACUAGUUCAACGAAAUAAUAUUGUAGUUCAUCCAGAAUGGGAGAGGAGACAAAAAAUCAAUGAUAUAGCAUUGAUUAAACUGCCAGCCGAUCUGCAAUUCGAUGAGUAUAUUCAACCUGCCAAUUUGCCUGAUCCUAACCAAAGUUAUGAGAACCAAACUGGUGUUGUUUCUGGUUGGGGUGAUACUUCAGAUCAGGACCCGCCUUCAGAGCAACUUCUGUACUUUGAUACACCCAUUCUAUCAAAUGAAGAUUGUAAACCUAUUGUGCACAAGUAUCACCCAAAUAUAUUCUUCCCAUCAUCUUGGAUUUGUAUAGAGCCUAGUAAAAGUUGUACAUGCGGUGGGGACUCUGGAGGUCCAUUGGUCAUAUGGAGUGAGGUUGCUAACAGCACUUUAGUGGGUCUCACAUCAUUUGCCAUGGCAGGUGAAUGUACGGUUAAUAGUCCGGAUGUUUUUACCAGAGUUUCAUCCUUUUUACCGUGGAUAAAAAAAUACAAAUAAAUUAAUAAUAAAGCAAUGAA